AUGGCAGCAAAAUAUAAUAGUAAAGAAAUGGCCGAACUUCUUAUUUCGCAUGGUGCAAAUAUUAAUGAAAAAGAUGACAAUGAAAAAACCGCUCUUCAUUAUGCAAUCAAAAAAAAUUAUAAAGAAAUAGCUGAAAUUCUUAUUUUACAUGGUGCAAAUGUCAAUGAAAAAUAUAAAAAUGGGGAUACCCCUCUUUGCUCUGCAAUAAUUCAUAUGAAUGAAAUAGUGGAACUUCUCAUUUCGCAUGGUGCAAAUAUCAAUGAAAAAGUUAAAUAUGGAAACACCGCUCUUCAUAUUGCAGCAGAAUAUAAUAGAAAAGAAACAGUCAAGCUUCUUUUUUCACAUGGUGCAAAUAUCAAUGAAAAAGGUAAAGAUGAUAAUACAGCUCUUCAUUAUACAGCAGGAUGCAAUAGCAAAGAAAUUACCGAAUUUCUUCUUUCACAUGGCGCAAAUAUCAAUGAAAAAAAUAAAUAUGGAUCAACAGCUCGUCAUGAAGCAGCAUAUUAUAAUAGAAAAGAAAAUGCUGAAUUUCUUAUUUUACACGAUGCAAAAAUCAAUGAAAAAGAUCAAAAUGGAGAAACAGCUCUUCAUGAAGCAGUACAUGUAAAUAGUAAAGAAACUGCAGAACUUCUUAUUUUACAUGGUGCCAACGUCAAUGAAAAAGAUGAAUAUGGAACAACAGCUCUUCAUGAAGCAGCAUAUUUUAAUAGAAAAGAAAUAGCUGAAUUUCUUCUUUCACAUGGUGCAAACAUCAAUGAAAUUAAUAAAUAUGGACAAAUAGCUCUUCUUAGAGCAAUAUAUCAUCAUGGAAAGGAAACCGCUGAAUUUCUUCUUUCACGUGGUGCAAAUAUUAAUGAAAAAGAUAAAGAUGGGAAAACCACUCUUCAUUAUGCCGCAGAAUUUAACAAUAAAAUUGUAAUAAGUUUUCUUAUUUCACAUGGUGUGGAUGUCAAUGAAAAAGAUAAUGAUGGGAAAACCGCUCUUCAUUAUGCCGCAGUAAAAAACAGAGAAGAAGCAGCCGAAUUUCUUAUUUCACAUGGUGCGAAUAUCAGCAUAAAAGAUAAAGUCGGGAAAACGCCUCUGCACUAUGCAAUAGAACAUGAUUGUGAAGAAACAGCCAAUAUUCUUCUUUCACAUGGUGCAAAAAUAUUAUAA